AUGCUCAAGACCAUGGAUGAAGGCAGCUCCAGCAGCUACAGUGGUGCCGGCGCCUCUGGCUCUACAGGCAGUAGCUGCAGCACCACCACAUCCCACCUCCCGCCUGCAAACACCACUACAGCAUCCUCCUCAUCUUUGGAGCGCAGUUUCGCCGCCAUGUCCGUCGAUACGGGUAGCAAGGCCCGCGAGGCUGCCCGAUGGAAGUACCUGAACCACAUUCGCAAGACAAAAGGUCCCUUCAACCAAGAUGACGAGAUUCCCGAGGACAUGCCGGAUCCUCUCGAGACCUACAAGAUCCUGGUGAUUGGCGCUGGUGGACUGGGCUGUGAGAUGCUCAAGAACCUAGCCAUGUCUGGUUUCAAGAACAUCCAUGUCAUUGAUAUGGACACUAUCGACAUUUCCAAUCUCAACCGUCAGUUCCUCUUCCGAAAGAGCGAUGUCGGCAAGUUCAAGGCUUCUGUCGCUGCCGAGUUUGUCAUGAAGCGCGUAAAGGGCGUCAAUAUCACACCACACAAUUGCAAGAUCCAGGACUUUGACGAAUCCUUCUAUUCCCAAUUUCAGAUUGUCAUUUGCGGACUGGACAGCAUUGAAGCAAGACGAUGGAUCAAUGCUACCUUGGUGGGAAUGGUCGAUGACGACGAUCCCGAGUCAAUCAAGCCCCUGAUCGAUGGUGGUACUGAGGGUUUCAAGGGACAGACUCGUGUGGUUUUGCCUACGGUUGGACCUUGCAUUGAGUGCCAGCUGGACCUCUAUGCACCUAGAGCAGCUGUCCCUCUUUGCACACUUGCCACUAUCCCGCGACAGCCCGAGCACUGUAUCGAGUGGGCACACAUCAUUGCUUGGGAGCAGGAGAAGCCUUUCCCGUCCUUGGACAAGGACGAUCCUGAGCACAUCACCUGGCUGUACGACAAGGCAUUGGCACGAGCCAAGGAAUUCAACAUUCCGGGAGUUACCUACUCUCUUACUCAGGGCACUGUCAAGAACAUCAUUCCCGCCAUUGCCUCGACCAACGCCAUCAUUGCUGGUUCUUGUUGUCUCGAGGCCUUGAAGCUCGCAACCAAUACGGCACCCCCCUUGGGUUUCGAGCAAAACUUCAUGUCCUACGAUGGAACCGAGGGCAUCUAUACCAAUACCUUCCAGUACGAGAAGAAGGAGGACUGUCCCGUUUGUGGAAAUCUCGCCAAGCCUCUCAAAGUCGACCCCAAGUGGAAGUUGCAAGAGCUACUCGACUCACUGGCAACAAAUGCAGCAGCACAGUUGAAGAAGCCUUCUAUCAGAGCCGAAGAGAAGUCUCUUUACAUGCAAUUUCCGCCCCAGCUGGAGGAGCUAACACGGCCCAACCUGGAAAAGAGUCUUGCAGAGGAUCUAGGCCUGGUACAUGGAUCUGAGAUUGCAAUCACUGACACAGCAUUCCCGAAUCUGGUGUUCAGAUUCAUUCUCCAAUUUUCCUGA